AUGGAGAGGAGCUGGAUCAUGCGGCUGUCACCACUACUGCUCCUGUUGCUUGGCCUGGUGCCUCCAUUUGCCGCUGCCCAGACCCAGAGCUACCUGAAUUUGGUGAACCGAUUCAUCACCAACUACAGCAAGAAUUCGAUGUCAGGCAACCUCUUCCGACUUCUGGCUCUGAAUCUACAGCCUAGGGCAAACAAUGAUCCUGCCACUCCCCAACCCCUGAACUUUACCAUGAUGGAGACCGUCUGCCCCAAUACCAAGCAACAUAACCUGGAUAAAUGCAGAUUUAAGAAGAACGGGCUGGUGAAACAUUGCUCCGGAACCAUCUCCUUGGACGUUACUCGGCCCUCUGUCAAUAUUUCUUGUAGUGGGCCUGAAGAUAUGAAGAGUGGUGGUUUUUUGCAUCGAAUUAUUCGGAGUUUUGCAAAUUUCAUUUAUAAAAAAUAUAGAAUCCUGCUGGACAAAUACAGGAAACUGCGGGACACUUUUUCUGGAUCAGGUGACAAGAAGGAGUAG